UGCACUAGGCUUGUGUUGGCUAUUGAACGAAAAACACAUGGAAAACAUUCAUGGAAAAACAGGGCAUGAACAUUAUUAUGGUACUGUCAGACUCAUAGCUAUACAGACUUUAUUCAUUUAAAGUCAGUCAGACUAUUGAUAUUAAACGGCAAAUCGACUGGAAGUGUCGGGUCUGAACUCGCUGCUGCACAGUGCACUCUACUGGCUAACAACAAAUCAGCUGUGCUAGAAUGAAAACUUUCAAUGCAAAUACCAACGUGAUGGAAAUGUUUGAAACUGGAAAUGUCUUGAAAAUAUGCGCUCCCAUGGUUAGAUAUUCAAAAUUAGCCUUCAGGUCUUUGGUGAGGAAAUACAACUGUGAUAUCUGUUUCACUCCGAUGAUAGUUGCUGCCGAUUUUAUGAGGUCUGAAAAGGCUCGAGACAGUGAAUUCACAACUAGUAAAGGUGAUAGACCACUGAUUGUGCAAUUUGCUGCAAAUGAUGCCCAGACCCUAGCGGAUGCGGCCUGCGUGGUAGCCCCAUUCUCAGAUGGAGUUGAUCUAAAUUGUGGCUGCCCUCAAAGAUGGGCCAUGUCAUCUGGUUAUGGGGCAUGUCUUAUCAACAAACCAGAACUAGUGAAUGACAUGGUUAGAACUGUCAAAAAUCAAGUAGACAAUCCAAACUACUCAGUAUCCAUUAAAAUAAGAAUUCAUAACGAUAUCAGGAAAACUGUGGAUUUGUGCCAGAAAGCAGAAUCUGCAGGUGUGUCCUGGAUAACAGUUCACGGCCGAACAGCCCAAGAACGACACCAGCCUGUUCACUACGAAGCUAUAAAGACAAUCAAAGACAGUGUCAACAUUCCUGUGAUCGCUAAUGGGGACAUAAAGUUCCUACGGGAUGUGGAAGCUACACAUAAACUCACUGGUGUAGAUGGAGUGAUGUCUGCACGAGGGUUGCUUGCAAAUCCUGCCAUGUUUGCCGGUUAUGAGGACACGCCUUUGCAGUGCAUAUGGGACUGGGUAGAUCUUGCUAUUGAACAUGGUACACCAUUCACCUGUUUCCACCAACAUCUGAUCUACAUGCUGGAGAGAGUGACCUCCCAGCCAGAACGAAAAGUUUUCAACUCUCUUUACAGUACCUCUGCAGUCAUAGACUACUUGCAAAAAACAUACGGAACCGAACAGGAUUAUACAACAUAUGAAAAUUCUAGUUUUACAGGACAUCUUAUUAUCAUGACACUCCAAUGGACUGCUGUGGCACUCUUCCUGUAUGCAGAAAUGGGUACUCUGCUCAUCCUCUGUAUACCCUUCAUCUCACCAAAGAGGUGGAGGAGCAUUUUCCAUUUGAGAAUAUGGAGCUAUGUGUCAAGAUUUUGGAAUAAAGUCUUUCUUACCAUGAUUAUCAUCCUCAUUGUUCUGUUCCUAGAUGCUGUCCGGGAGGUGAGAAAAUAUUCGGCCAAAGAUGUGGGUACAAAUGCUAAGCUACAACCAAACAUGUAUGACCACCUCCACAUGAAGCUCUUCAGAGCACAGCGGAACCUCUACAUAUCUGGCUUUGCUGUCUUUCUGUGGCUGGUGAUGAAGCGUGUGAUCACCAUGAUAAGCCAACUGGCAUCAAUGUCUGAUACUACAGCUGCUCUCCAGGCACAGGCUGAUGGAGCCAACCAGGCUGCUAAGAAAUACAUGGAGGACAAUGAGCGGCUAAAGCAAUCUCUAAUGGAAGGAAAAGGUGACCAAGCUACAGCAGAAGGAAUGGAGUUGUUGCGUGAAGAAGUGAAGAAACUCAAAGACGAAUUGAAGGCAUCUGAUGAAACAUUGACAAAGUCUCACAGUGAGGCUGAUGUGAUGAAGAAGCAAAUGGAGGGUCUUGCCCGGGAGUACGACCGACUGCUGAAAGAACACCAGGAGCUCCAGAAUCGUGAACAUGCUGGAGACAAGAAGUCUGACUAACAAGUGCAAGACCAGUAACAAGAUAGUAAGCCAGACACCUAACCAUUUGAUUUUAGAAAUACUUUGGUUUAUUCGGGUUUGUGAAGAACUCCACAGUGCAUUUCAGAAUGUGCUAGUACAAUGAAUAGCUUGUGAAGGUAACUCUACUCUUACUGUGUGGAAUAGAUUGCGUAUGCUGUAUAUCUUUAGGCAGUCUAAUGUUUAAAGAUACUAGAUUUUUUGCCAGUAUAAAACCAAUUCUCUCAUGUCUGCAGUGAUGUGUGUGCACUGUGCAGACAUGUAAGCAUACUGUGUUGUUGUGUUAAGAAGAUUAUUGGUUUUGUUCAGUUUUAUGUUCAAGUUGUGUAAGAUUCUAUGUGAAAUUAAUGAUUUUACAUUCCCCAAACAGACUUUUUAUUCAGAAUAGUUCAGUCAUAGACAGGUGUUUUAUUUUGAAAAUUUGUAGAAAAAGACAAAACAACUGAAUGUCAUAGUCAUACGGAUUUCUGGCGCGCUUUUUUUUCUUUUCUUUUUUUUAGAAUUUUAAAACAUAGUCUUUAUGCUUUUUUUUUUUUUUUAAGAGUUGCAGUGCCUUUGCUUUUGCACACAUUUUGUACAAUAAAGAUUCCUUGAUUGUUU